AUGGCGUGGAGGAGGAUAGACGUCCACCGGGCGGUGGAGCGGGGAGACUUGGCCGUGGUGAAGCGCUACUUGGAUGCCGGGGGGGACCCCGAGCAGAAGGAUGAGGAGUACGGCGCCGCGCCCGUGCAUUGGGCCGCCCUGCGAGGAAGGUCCGACGCCCUGUCGCUCCUGCUAGAGCGCGGGGGUGACGUGGAAUCUCGAACCAGUACCGACGGUACCCCCCUUGUGUGGGGGUGCAUGGGGGGCAACGCGCCGGUCGUUCGGCUUCUGCUGGAGCGCGGGGCGAAUAUUUCCGCGAAAACUAGGGGCAAAGGGACGGCUCUUCACCACGCCACGCACUCGGGCCAUCCGGAAGUCGUGGCCCUCCUGCUGCAGAAUGGCGCAAACCCGAAGGCGGAGGACAACCGGGGGGAUAGGCCUGGCGAUAAGUUUGAUCCUGAGGUCACGGACAGCAACAGGCGGGCGAUCAAGAAGGCACUGGCAAGGGUCACGCACGGGAGUUCGAGUCGGUCUGGCAGGGCGUCGUCAUCGAGGUCCAGGCGCCACGCGGACAAGGCUCGAGGAGGCCAGCCGUCCCUGUCUGCUUCCCUCGCCCGCAGCAAGCCUCGCGCCGUUGCUACGGACAACGCCAGCGGUGGCGCUGCCACCGCCCGGGCGAACGGCACUCCGCCGCACAAAGGGGAGAACGGCCACAGGCAUCACCAAGAGAAUAGUCGGACACCACCGCCCCGGCGCGAUUCCCCGGCAAAGCCGUCCACCGAGGAGGAGGAGGAGGGGGCGGUGGUCGUGGACGCGGCGGCGUUGCGGACUCCGACGAAGAGGCCGAGAUCGACCGAUACCGGCACCGCCGCGGCGGGCGGCGGCACGGGGUGGAGGUCGUCGAACGGCGGUGGUUGGGGCGGGGUCGUGGGCUUCCUCGCCGCUGCCGUCGACCGUAGCGGCGGCGGCGACUCGCGGUCGCGCGCGCACCCCGCGAAGGGCAAGAAUCGCGACGGUAGCAACACCGUCCUAGAAACGGUGGCGGCGGCGGCGGCGGCAACCCCAGCGGUGGAGGGUGGAAAUGACGGCCCGCGAGUGUCGCCGUCAUCACCUGCCGCGUUUGUCGUGAGUCCGGAAAAACCGUUGCCGUCGGAGCUCGACGACCUUCGGAGGCGCGUGAAAGACCUGACCCUCUCGGCGGCGACGGCAGAGACCGGUGAUGUCGAGGGGAGGGCGGCGCUAAGGCGAGCGCUGGAGGAAGCGGAUGCGCGAGCGCGAGAUGCCGUGGUGGCGGAGCGCGCAAAGUCGGAGAGCUUAGGCGCCCUGGUCCAGGCACUCGAGCAACGCCUGCGAGAAAGAGACGAGCAGGUGCAAAGGCUCACGGCGCAGGUCAAGGACCGAGACUCCCGCCUGCGGCAACGGGAACAAGAGGAAUGGACAUUGAUUGCUUUGCUUCGGCAGCUGGAAGCGCAAGCCAUGAAAAGUGCAUUUUUACAUAAUGCAAAUCGGGGGAGGCUUAGGUUCACAGUUGAGGUUGCCAGUGACGCUAUUAGUGCAGAUAGACGCACAGAUGUUCCAGACGUUGGGAAAGGCGACUGGACUGCCGGCAAUAUUCGCUUUUCUAGGUUCAGGAGGCAUCCCGUAUGUCGGUCACAACUUUGUUCUAAUCAUAUCUACCUCGUCGGUGACCUUGCUGUGUCCCGAACAACCGCGGCGCAACGUGUAACGUUUCGUCAAGGUGGCCGACCUUCGGGGGCGUGUGGAAGAACGCCUCAUUCUCGACAAGACUCCCGGCGAACCGCCCGCACAAGAAUCAGCGGCAGCAACGCACGCCUCCGGUCGGACCCCCCCGGGGGAUGAUGAUCUCGCGGCGCCCCCUCCAGAGGGAAGCGAUGAUGGUGUCUCGAGCCCAAGGGUCGGCUUCGGCACGCGCUCGUCCGCCUCUCUUUCCCCCACGCCCGGUACCGUGGCAGCGGCGGGAACGGGUAUGGCCGCUUCGCCGCGCAACCGCCGAAGUACGAUGGGGCCGGG